CGCAACUACUUCCUCAGCGCGCAUGCUCUGCGACGACUGCAAGAAGAACUACAUCACGGUGUUCCGGCCCAAGGCUGGCGGCCUUGCGUUGUGCGCCACUGCCACUGGGGCCCGCCGGCCCUCGGUCGCGGGCCCAGCCUCGGUUGCAGCGCUGCCACUCACCUCAAUUGCUUCACCCGUGACGUUUGCCGCUAUCGCACCCACUACCUUGGCUUCAGCCCCGUCGCCGACGUCGAUGUCCGCGUCAACGAAAUCGAUCGCACCCAUAGACUCGGUUGCAGUCGCGCCGCACCCGCCGGCGUCGAGCGCAAUUGAGAUGCUGCUGGCCGAGAUCUAUCGGCUCCGAACCGUCGAGUGCAUGCAGCACGAGCAAGUGUGCAACCAACACAAGCAGGUACUGGCGCUGGGCGAAGCCGCUGCCCACCAGGGACAAACCAUCACUCUGCUGCAACGCAACUUGACCGUGCAACAAGCCAUCGCUUUCCAGCUGCAAAAGGAAAUGCGGUGA